AUGUACAAACUCAUUGCUACAACUCUGAUGGCAUCUGUUGUCCUUGCUGGCAACAUCGAUGCCAUCGUUGCCCGUCAGAUUUCCACUUGUGAGGACCACACUGGCUACAAAACUUGCCACAGUGGUUGCAUUCCCAUCAAUUAUACCUGCUGCCCUGUCCUUCAAGGCGGCUGCGAGCCAGGUACCUACUGCACUGAUGAAGGCUGCUGUCCUAUUGGCGAGACCUGCUCUGGAGGAGGAGGUAUCAGCUCUGGAACAUUGACGGGCACUUAUACCAACACGAUCACCGCGACAAAUACCAUCCCCCAAACGUUGACGAGCACCUCAAGCGCGGAGGAGACUACCUCUUCCACAUCGACUUCUCGAUCGUUGAUUCCUUCGUCCACCUCAUCAAGUUCGACUCCAUCGUCCACUCCUGGCGGCUCUGGCUCCACUAGCGCCUCGCCUUCUACCCCUCUCCACACUGGGGGUGCCUCGACACUGAACAUUAAGUUCGGUGCUGUGGCUGGUCUGAUUGCGGGGGGAGCUGCUUUGCUCUAA